AUGGCUAUUAAAGUUGGUAUCAAUGGUUUCGGUCGUAUUGGUCGUCUCGUUCUUCGUGCUGCUUUGAAAUAUAAAGAAGUCGAAGUCAUUGCAUUGAACGACCCCUUCCUCAAUCUCGAAUAUAUGGUUUACUUGUUCAAAUACGACUCUACUCAUGGUCGAUAUCAGGGUGAAGUUAGCUCUGACCCAAAGAACAAUAAAUUAAUUAUUGAUGGUCACUCAAUUUCUAUUCAUGCCGUAAGGGAACCAAAAAAUAUUCCUUGGAAGCAAGAAGGUGUUGAAUAUGUUAUAGAAUCGACAGGUGUUUUCCUUAAAGAAGCGGAUGCUGGAAAGCAUUUAGAGGAGAAUAAAGAGAAAGUGGCUAAUGCUAAUGGUGCUAAAAAGGCAUGUCUUGUUAUUUUGACUGCACCUCCCAAAGAUGAAAAUGUACAUAUGUUUGUUUGUGGUGUAAAUCUGGAAGCUUAUGAUCCUUCAUACAAAGUUAUAUCCAAUGCUUCGUGCACAACUAAUUGUUUGGCUCCGCUCGCUAAAGCAAUUCAUGACAAGUAUGGUAUUAUUGAGGGAUUGAUGACUACAGUUCACUCUACUACUGCCACUCAAAAGACUGUCGAUGGUUUCGGCGGUGCAAAGGAUAUGCGAGGUGGCAGAGGUGCAGCUCAAAAUAUUAUUCCUAGUUCUACAGGCGCUGCUGCUGCUGUCGGAAAAGUCAUUCCCGCCUUGCAAGGAAAACUCACUGGUAUGGCUUUCCGAGUGCCCACAUCUGAUGUUUCUGUCGUGGAUUUGACAGUUCGAUUGGAAAAACCGGUAGCCGAUUUCAAUGAGAUCAAAGCUUAUAUCAAAGAAAUUUCCCAGACGUCUCGAUACAAGGGAAUUAUUGGCUACACUGAAGAUGCGGUUGUCUCUACUGACUUUAUUGGUGAUACUCAUUCAUCAAUUUUCGAUGCUGGUGCAGGCAUUGGAUUGAAUCAAAACUUUGUCAAACUUAUUUCUUGGUAUGAUAAUGAAUUUGGCUACUCGACGCGAGUUGUCGACUUGUUGGUUCAUAUCGCAAAGGUUGAUGCAGCAGCUCGAUCCUAG